CCCGUUGCUGUCACAAAUAAUGCUGCCUUGCCCAUGCCAGUUUUUUGCAGUAAUAGUGCUGCUCUGCCUGUGUGUGUGGAUGCCAGGUCUGAUCCAAAAAUAUCAGUGCCUUUGCAUAGCCAGCAAGUUGCCGUAAGUCAGGUACAGCAAACCUGCUACAGUAUUCCGCCAUUUACUUCUGGGACUACAGUGUGUAGCACCCAUUCCUUUCCCAUUCCUAAUACCACUGUCUGCUCUUCGCUUCCUAAUGAUACAGGUAACCACUCCUCAGCACAGGUGACUCCGACCACGCCCAUACCGAGUGAACCUUCACCCCAAGGGCGCCCUCUGCCUUCUACCGGAGUAGGCACUUCCCUUGGUCAACCAGUAGCACUGAAGGCUGAUCCAGGUAUAAACCAGAAUCAAAUGUUGAGCUCAAUGUUGGCAGCAUCUGCUGGUGGUAUUAGCAUGGAAAUUCCAGUCUUCAAUGGUGGGAACCCCUCAGAGUUCCGUUGCUUUGAGGCCAUGGUUGAGGGCUGUAUCCGACCACUUGUUCAUCUAAGUGAAUUACAAAAGUAUUUCAUUGUGAGGUCCAAGUUGCGAGGACAACCCAAAAAGGAUGUCCUUGGUUUUGAGCACCAUGCUAGUCCUUUUACCCUCGCAAUGUCAACCUUGCGUAAGUUGUAUGGAGACAUUGGAAUUCUCAUCCGAAGUAAGAUCGAACAGAUCACUUCUUGGCCUAAAUUGGCUGCCCAUGAUUCCAAAGGACUGGUGGAACUUGCAUCCACUGUCUCGGCGUUGGUUGUUCAACUGGAGAGUGCUCCUGAAGGGGAGGCUGAGUUGAAAGCCAACUCCACUGCCUGCGUCCUCUACAGCAGGCUUCCUCACAUUCACCAGACAGCCUUUUUGAAGGCCAUGACCAAUAAAGGUGUGCGUAAUUUCUCUCUUGCCGACAUUAAUGCAUGGUUACAGGAAACCUCUGCCGUCGCCCGCAAGAAGAUCCAGUUGAAUGAGAGCCUGAAAUCUGACCCCUCACCUGGUCAUCACGAAAGACGACAAAGGGGUGCUGCUGCCUACCACACCAAAGCUGGGAACCAAGCAGCAAGGGUACACAACAAACCUGUUAAAGUGUCUCAUACAAGCGAUUUGACGGAAUCCAGACCAACCAAGGAAAAGAAACCAUUUCCUAAGCAUUGUCCCUAUUGUGAAGGGGAGCAUUGGCUUUCCCGCUGUGAUAAAUUUGAUAAGCUCUCUUCCAGCCAGCGGAUUGAGUGGAUAAAGGCAAACCGUAGAUGUUGGAGGUGCGCCCGCCAACACCGAGAGGGUCAAGAAUGCGACCUACGCAAGCCAUGUCGGGAGUGCAGCGAGAUCCACUUGACGGUUCUCCAUGAUCUGCUCAAACAGCCGGGAUAUGGUUCGUACUACUCAAGCUUUGACCCCAACCUCUCGGUUUUCUAUGGCGAUGGCAGUCCUUGGCACCCAAAGGAAGUGAGCUUGAAAAUUUUGCCUAUCAUUUUGUACGGCAAUUGCACAUCGCUCACAACUUAUUGCCUGUUGGAUGAUGGAUCAAAUUUCUCCAUGAUGCCCAUGGAGGCUGCCGAAGCCUUGCAACUGAGAGGGACUGCAACAGAAAUUCCGAUUGCGACCGCUCGAGAUGCUUGUACUCCUUGUAGGGGACAGAUGUUAGAUUUUGACAUUGCUCCUCUGGAUGAUCCAGACAUGCGGAUUCAUGUUAGCAAUGUCUUCUCCUCUCCAAUGCUUAGAUUAUCUGAGCAUUCCGUCCCUGCCCAAGAUCUUCAAAGAAGAUGGCCUCAUUUGCAGAAUCUCCCUUUGCAUGACUGCCAGAAGGUGACGCCACUUCUUCUGCUUGGAAGUGACCGCCCAGACUUGGUGAUCCCAAGGGAGAGUCGUUUUGGCCCAGAAAAUGCCCCAGUAGCGGUCAAAACGAGAUUAGGAUGGGCCUUGCAAGGGCCGACCAUGCGGCGGGGAGGACGCGGAAAGCUGCACUACCAGUCUAGUGAACAAGAUGCUGUCCUCCAUGAGAACGUUUGUCGGUUAUGGAACAUGGAUGUCCAAAUGUAUACUCAGAGAAAGCAAGUUACCCGAUCAAAGCAGGACCAACGAGCAGUGGACCUGCUUGAAGCGAAAUCAACCUUUGUCGAGAUAGGUAAUGUACGCCGAGUGGCGACACCACUUUUGUGGAGGCUGGGUAAGCCCACGUUCUCCUGUCCAGCCAGUGCAGUGCUUCCCUCAUUGAAGAGAAAUGAACAGCGCUUGUUGAGAGACCCUGAUUUGGCAAAGAUUCAUUGCGGUAAGAUCCAGGAACUCAAGGAAGGAGGCCUUGUCCGCACUGUUGUCAACCAAGGGGGUGACCAGGAACCUGAAUCGCAGUGGUAUAUUCCGCAUCAUGUUGUGCGCCAGAAUGACAAGUCCCGACUUGUCUUCAAUUGUGCCUUUCGCUACCAGGGUGAAUCGCUGAACGAGGACCUUCUCCCGGGUCCGACUCUUGGGUCAUCAUUAGUUGGUGUUCUCCUCAGAUUCAGAAAACACCCGGUUGCCAUAUGUGGGGAUAUCAAGGCGAUGUUUCAUUGUGUCUCAACUUUGGAAGCAGACAAAUCUAUGCUACGCUUUCUCUGGAAGGAACCCAACUCUGACAGGGAACCAGAGGAACUUGAAUGGAAUGUACUUCCAUUUGGGACAACGUGCAGUCCAUGUUGUGCGUCCUUUGCCCUCCAGAAGCAUGUAAGGGACAAUGUGGGAGAUCCAGAUGUCCUCCGUAGUGUCCUAGAGGCUUUUUAUGUAGACAAUUGCCUUGAUGGUAAGCCCACGGUUGAUGAGGCCAAGCAGCUUGUGGAGAAGUUGCGUGAGUCCCUCGGUGCGGGAGGAUUCCCAAUUGUGAAGUGGGCAAGUAACAAGCCUGCCGUGGUUGCUGACUUACAAUCUGAAGCUCGGUCAGACAAUACCGAACGAUGGCUCAACUUCAGUGGUGAUACUCCUGAAGAAGUUGCCUUGGGUCCUCGCUGGAAUUUUGAGAGGGAUGUCCUGACAUACCAGCUCCAGCUCUCGGACUGGCCAAUCCUUACCCGAAGAGCAGUGCUAAGUGACGUAAUGCGUUGCUCCGGAAAGGAUCCACUUGGUUACCUGAUGCCCUUCAUGGUGAGAGGCAAGAUAUUGGUUCAAGAAUUGUGGAAGCGACCAUGGGGCUGGGAUGAUGAAAUUCCUGAUGAAGGUGAGGAAGGCAUUCGGGCCAAGCAUUUGAGGUGGAGGCAAGAGCUUGCCCAACUGAAAGAUGUCAGCUUGCCUCGAUGCUAUACUCCUCUACACUUCAAUCCAGCCACCAGCAGCUACCAGCUGCAUGUAUUCACCGAUGCAUCAGAAAAGGCCUAUGGGGCGGUAGGGUACCUGCGAGUGAUGAACGAAGUCGGUGAAGUCUCAGCUGAAUUCGUGAUGGCUAGAUCUCGUUUGGCACCAAAGCGAGUCCAGACCAUGCCUAGAUUGGAACUCAUGGCUGCAGUAAGUGGAGCGGAGUUGGUUGAACUCCUGGAAGAUGAACUGUCCAUUAGAGCCCGAACUACCUGCUGGAGCGACAGUACGACUGUUCUCGCCUGGAUAAACUCGGAGUCGUGUCGCUAUAACAGAUUUGUCGGUGCCCGAGUUGCAGAAGUUCAACGGCUGACGAAUCAUGUCACCUGGCGUUAUGUAGAGUCACAAAACAAUCCCGCAGACGACCUUACUCGAGGUCUACCCUUGCAACAAAUACGUGACGGCAGUCGAUGGCACCGUCCCUUCUUUCUGCUUCAGUCUGAAACGGACUGGCCACAGGAACCACCGAAACUCACCAAAGAGGAAGCCCGUUUGGAAGUGAAACCAGACUUCUUCACUGGGAUGAUGGUGACGCCUCAGGAAAAACGUCCAGAGAUCGAUGUUUCAUGCUUUGACACUUGGGACGGGCUGGUUGAAGGGUACAGUAAAGCCCUGUACCAAUCCCAAGGGGAGGAGGGACCUCCGUUCCUGAGUGCUGAUGAUCGAUCCAAAAUUGAGAGGUUGUUGUUCCAACGGGUACAGACAGAUUGCUUUCAGAAAGACCUAGUAACUUUGUCUGCUGGAAAGCCUGUCUCUAACAAGAGUCGACUGAGCUGUCUUUGCCCUGAAUAUGACGCCGAAAGUCAGCUGAUCCGGGUUGGUGGACGUCUCCGUCGGGCAACAGAGCUGGACUCUAAUGCCAAGCAUCCGAUAGUGUUAGACCCCAAGCAUCCAGUUACCUGUCUGCUUAUUCAAGAGGCUGAUUGCCGCUUGGGACAUGGUGGUGCAGACAUGGUUCUUGCCGAUCUGCGACGUCGCUUCUGGAUAAUACGAGGAAGACAGUCCAUCAGGAGCCUGCAAAGUCGAUGUGAGGGCUGCAUUAGGCGACGUGGCAAACCCUCCAUUCCAAAGAUGGCAGAUCUACCCCCAUCCCGACUCCGCAUUGGCAAACCUGCCUUCUACUCUACUGGGGUAGAUUGCUUUGGCCCGUUCACAGUCUCCCUUGGCAGGAGAAGUGAGCAAAGAUGGGGAAUCAUCUGGAAAUGUAUGACUACCCGAGCGGUCUACCUUGAUCUGCUCGACUCCCUUGACGCCGAUGCCUUUCUCAUGGCAUUUAACCGUUUUCGGUCUCGAAGAGGUACCCCGCAUGAGGUCCUCUGUGACAAUGGAACCAAUUUCAAGGGGGGAUUGACAGAGUUGACCAAGGCCUUCAGUGAAAUGACGCCUAGCUUGCAGGAGCAGCUUGCUAAGUAUAAGGUCCGAUUCAAAUUCAAUCCGCCGUCUGCUCCACACUUUGGCGGAACAUGGGAAAGGGAGGUGCGUUCUGUAAAGAAUGCCUUGUAUGCCAUCCUUGGCAAUCGGACUGUGUCUGCCGCUGUCUUAUACACCAGUCUGGUCGAGGUAGAGGCUCUCCUCAACUCAAAACCCUUGGGAUAUGUGUCCUCUGAUGUAGCAGACCCUGAUCCAAUCACACCUUUCACAUUGCUCUUGGGGCGGCCAGACCACGCUCCGCCACAGGUAGUUUACCCAGAUCAGUACAUCCAUGGCCGUCGUCGUUGGCGUCAAUGUCAGGCAUUGAUGCAACAGUUCUGGAAGGAGUUUGUCGACUCCUAUCUUCCUUCGAUGCAAGCUCGCCAGAAAUGGCGAAAGGAAGAAGACGAUCUUGCAGUUGGAAAUGUGGUCUUGAUGAUAGAUCCACACCAGGUCCGUGCUUCCUGGCCUUUGGCACGCAUCAUCGAAGUACUACCUGGAGAUGAUGGGCGUGUACGUGCUGUAAGAGUUGAAUCAGGUGGACGAGUUUACACCCGCCCAGUUGCCAAGUUGAUCCGGCUGCCUGAUGAGACCGAAGACAGAGCUGAAGUGGCUGACCCUGUCUCUCCAAAUCCAGACUAGAACCAGUUGUUACUUUCAUCUUCACCCACCCCAUUAACAUGGGGCGGCCAUCUUGUAAUCUUGUUCAGUCUAUACAUGUUACCUAUUGACCUUGCCAGACAUCUUGCUGUUCAAAGUUUUGUUGUUCCAAAUUGCCAGUGUUCCUCAAUAACCAUUUGCCAGUAUUAAAUAAACUGUUGCUCACAGUUUAGGGGCGGCUAUNUUU